GCACGAUUAGACAGACAGAGAGAGAGAGAGAAAGAGAAAGAGAGAGAGAGAGAGAGAGAAAGAGAAAGAGAGAUGGUUCAUUUGUUGCCAUAGUGAAAAAGUAGAUUAACCACCGUGAGCAUGAUGCCAUGAUAUAUGCACGAGGGAUGCUGUGAUUCUCCAGGAGCAUUCCAUCCUGCGAGUAAAGGUUUGAGUGAACAUGUCUCUCCGUCGUCCGUUACUGUGGAGACCAACUCAGCCUUCUAACAGGGGGAGCCUGGGAUUGUUUCAGCCAACGAGAUUAAGCCUGGAUUUUCUUUUGAAUUUCCCAGUGUGCAUUGCUGCACCUGCUUCAGCUGUUACAGCGACUGCCCCACCUUGACAUCCAAGUGAAGACAGAGUAGCUGGAAAGGAGUAUCUUAAAAUCAUUUCACAUCCUCCACUAGCUCCUGACAUGGGCAGGGAAAGUGUCCCUCGGACAAGUAGCGCCCUGUGACGGCUCUGCGCAACAAAUCUAAGACCUGCUUCUCCUUUUUUACCUCAACGGACCAAGAUGAUACUUCGUCUGCUGCUAGUGUUGUCCAUCUGGGUGGGCGUUGAUCAAAUCGACUCUGCCCAGUCCAAUGAAAGGCGCGUUGUAGCACACUUGUCUGGUGACAUCAUCAUUGGAGCUCUGUUCUCCGUCCAUCAUCAGCCUCCCGCCGACAAGGUACACGAGCGCAAGUGCGGGGCUGUGCGAGAGCAGUAUGGCAUCCAGAGGGUGGAGGCCAUGAUGUACACACUGGACCGCAUCAACGCUGACGUACACAUCCUCCCAAACAUCAGCCUGGGCUGUGAGAUCCGUGACUCCUGCUGGCACUCUGCUGUGGCUCUGGAGCAGAGCAUUGAGUUCAUACGGGACUCGCUGGUGUCGUCCGACGAGGCGGAGGAAUUGGCCGGGGGAGGAUCUUGGGGCGGAGGAGGCGGAGGAACAAUGAAGUGCUCAGAUCCCUCGGCUACUCCAAUGCGGGGAAAGAAGCCAAUUGUGGGUUUAAUUGGACCGGGGUCAAGCUCAGUGGCCAUUCAGGUCCAGAAUCUGCUUCAGCUAUUCAACAUACCACAAAUUGCCUACUCUGCCACCAGUAUGGAUCUGAGUGAUAAGAGCCUCUACAAAUAUUUUAUGCGGGUGGUUCCUUCAGAUGCCCAGCAGGCACGCGCGAUGGUGGACAUUGUCAAGAGAUACAACUGGUCCUACGUGUCUGCCAUCCACACUGAAGGGAACUAUGGUGAAAGUGGGAUGGAAGCGUUCAAGGACAUGGCAGCCAAGGAAGGCAUCUGUAUUGCACACUCAGGCAAAAUCUGGAGCAAUGCUGGAGAGCAGAGCUUUGAUCGCCUGCUGGAGAGGCUGAGGGCGCACCUGCCCAAGGCAAGAGUAGUGGCAUGCUUCUGUGAGGGGAUGACUGUCCGCAAUAUCCUCAUGGCUAUGAGACGCCAGGGACUGGUUGGAGAGUUCCUUCUCAUUGGCAGUGACGGAUGGGCAGACAGGUAUGAUGUCACGGAUGGCUACGUCAGGGAAGCAGCUGGGGGCAUCACCAUAAAGCUGCAAUCUGCUGAUGUGAAGUGGUUUGAUGACUACUACCUUAAACUUCGUCCUGAAAACAAUCAAAGGAACCCGUGGUUUCCAGAGUUCUGGCAGCAUCGUUUUCACUGUCGACUCAAAGGCCACCCACAGGAGAGCAACAAGUAUAACCGCACUUGUGGCAAGCGGGAGAGCCUUCGGCAGCAGUAUGCACAGGACACCAAGAUGGGGUUUGUCAUCAAUGCCAUCUACUCAAUGGCAUAUGGCCUGCAUAACAUGCAACAGGCACUCUGCCCAGGCUAUGAGGGUCUUUGUGAAGCUAUGCGACCUAUAGAUGGUGCUACGCUGCUGGACUUCCUAAUGAAAACAAACUUCAGUGGUGUGUCAGGGGAGGGGAUCUUAUUUGAUAAAAAUGGAGACUCACCUGGCAGGUAUGAAAUAAUGAACUUUAAAAAGAUGGGGAAGGACUACUAUGACUACAUUAAUAUUGGAAGUUGGGACAACAGAGGCUUGAGGAUAGAUGACGAUGAAAUCUGGUCCAGCAAAGAUGCUAUCAUCAAAUCAGUCUGCAGUGAACCCUGUGACAAAGGACAGAUUAAGGUAAUCCGUAAAGGUGAGGUGAGCUGCUGCUGGACGUGCACUCCAUGUAAAGAAAAUGAAUUUGUGUUUGACGAGUAUACCUGCCGAGCCUGUGAGCUUGGCUCCUGGCCCAAUCAUGGCCUCACAGGCUGUGAGCCAAUACCAGUGGAGUACCUGCGCUGGGGAGACCCUGAGCCCAUCGCUGCUGUGGUCUUCGCCUGCCUCGGUCUCAUGGCCACAUUCUUCGUAACCGCGGUCUUCAUCCGAUUUCGGGACACCCCUGUUGUGAAGUCCUCAAGCAGGGAGCUGUGCUACAUAAUACUGGCAGGGAUCUGUCUGGGAUACCUGUGCACCUUUACUCUUAUCGCAAAGCCUCAUGUCAUUCACUGCUACCUUCAGCGACUGGGAAUAGGGCUGUCACCAGCCAUGAGCUACUCUGCACUCGUCACCAAGACGAACCGCAUCGCUCGGAUCCUGGCAGGGAGCAAGAAGAAGAUCUGUACAAAGAAACCUCGCUUCAUGUCUGCCUGUGCUCAGCUUGUCAUUGCCUUUCUCCUUAUACUCCUACAGUUGGGCAUCAUUGUGGCUCUUUUCCUCAUGGAGACACCUAAGGUCAUCCAUGACUACCCCAGCAUCCGCCAGGUCAACCUCAUUUGCAACACCACGAAUCUUGGUGUGGUUGCCCCCCUCGGAUACAACGGCCUGCUCAUCCUAAGCUGCACCUUCUAUGCCUUUAAGACCCGCAAUGUCCCAGCCAAUUUCAAUGAGGCUAAGUACAUAGCCUUUACCAUGUACACCACCUGUAUUAUCUGGCUGGCAUUCGUACCCAUCUACUUCGGCUCCAACUACAAAAUUAUCACCAUGUGCUUCAGUGUCAGCCUCAGUGCUACUGUGGCUCUGUGCUGCAUGUUUGUACCCAAGGUGUACAUCAUUCUGGCCAAACCAGAGCGUAAUGUGCGCAGUGCCUUCACCACUAGCACAGUGGUGCGCAUGCAUGUGGGCGACGGCAAAUCGUCCUCAGCAGCCAGCCGCUCCUCUAGUCUGGUUAACCUGUGGAAACGCAGAGGCUCUACUGGAGAGACACUCAGCUCCAACGGUAAAUCGGUGUCUUGGGCACAGACGCAGCGCAGCAGUUCACGGGGCAACCACCUGUGGCAGCGUCUGUCCUUCCACAUCAAGAGGAAAGAGAACAAUCAGACUGCCGUUAUAAAACCUUUCUCCAAAACCUCAGAGGAGCGGUACUGCAGCGGCGCUAACCUGCCGCCGCAUGUCCCUCUGCCUUCCCUGCCCUCCAUCACCUCCCUGCCCACUCAUGCCGACAGCAGCGCCGACAAGACCCUCUACGAGCUCUCCGAAGCAGAGGAGCGCUACUCCAUGACAUACCGGCCGCAGACGCCCUCGCCCAUCAGCACGGUCAGCCAGAGAAUCGGAGCCGUCUUCGGGGAGGAGCCUCCGAUGGCUGUCGUUCCAACGUACCCCAGCAGCGUCUGCAGCGGCGGCAGCAGCAGCAGCGGCGGGCCUCCCAGCAGUGGAUCUGCUGCAGCUGGAAGCGACGGCCGCUUGGUUUGCUUGGACGACCACCCCCCGAGGCCCCAGAGCUCCCUGAUGGAUCAGAUCAGCUGCGUGGUAAACCGCUUCACCGCCAACAUCUCCGAGCUCAACAGCAUGAUGCUGUCCUCCUCCCCGACACACUCGCACAAGCACACGCCUCCUCAGGCCCAUCCCACCGACCCCUACCUGCUGCCCUGCGAGAUCCAGAUGGCCCCGACUCUCACCACCUACGCCGACGUCCAGGCCCUCCCUCCCGUCGAGCCCAGCCGCGGUGGCUGUCUCGUUCACCCUAUCCCUCGCUCCCCUUACCCCCUGCCACCCCAUCACGCCAACGCCUCCCCCGCUCUCUCACCCAUGCGAGCGGGCCUGGUUUCCUGCCUCAACGACUCCCCGCUAAGAAGGGUGGAGCUGGAGGAGGAGCUGAUCGCUUUGACUCCCCCGUCCCCCUUCCGGGACUCUGUGGGAUCCAGCAGUGGCUCCCCGAUCUCAGACGCGGGUCUCUGCGUGCCCCCGGCCCCCUCCCACCCUCCCCCAUCCCCCCCUUCGCCCAGGUACACCAGACUGACGCUCAGAAACUACAGCCAGAGUUCAUCCUCACUGUGAAGCAGAGAUAAUGAGCGACGCGAAGAACAAAACGAGGACGGAUAGACUGAGAUCCAUCCAUCCAUGUCUGGAAUAGAAACCUGAGGUAAAAGUAAACAUAGAAGGCUCGACGGUGAGGAAACCAGGCCGUGUUUGUGUUUACAUGUUUGCAGUAAGAGUGUUAGAAGCUUGCAAAUGUCGUAUUUUCUUGUUCUUUCUCUCAAGAGAGAAUCAGAGAUGGCCCCUAUAACUCUGGGGCAUUUCCAAAUCAGUUACAGCAGAGAUCAUUCCUCACAGUUUAUAAGUCUAUACAGUAUCAAUGAGAUUGGAGCGGUGGCCUUAAAGAGACUCAGCUAUCCACUGAUUAGAGAUUGUGUGUGUUUUCUGUAAGCAUGAGUGCAUUUUUGCUGUGUCUUAGUGCAAGAGACAGGAUGGGAACGUGACAGCUGAGAGAGAGAGCUAAGGAGGGAAGACUCUGCAGCUCUAUAAAGAGCCUGUUAAGGGCAGAUACUGAAUAUUUGCUCAUAAACGUCCUCAAAUACCUAAGUGUGAGCGCACCCGAAAAAUACGAUGUAAGAGAAGACGCUGUAAAUAUAAACGAGGGGUUGGUAUUUUUCUUCAGUGAUAAAAUCCAACAUGCCUCUGACAAAAGUGCAUUGUGUGAGCAGUGUGGACAUACUAAGGUAGUAUGUCACUGUGAAGAACUUUACAACAAAAAGCAUCUUUUCAUUUCGAUCAGUUCUCCUGUAUUCUCCGACAACAUCAUUCUCUUCUCUUUCUCAUCCAGCUUUCUUUUAUUCUGACAGUUUUUUCAGUAUUUUCUACUCUUCCAGUGAGUUUCUUCAAAAGUUUGAAUGUAUAUUUUCUACAUGAUUCCUGAACCAUUUGGGACCAAACCUUUUGUAGCUUUCUGUAACUCAAGAGAGAUGGGAAAAGAGGGGUUGAUGAGACCAGGCCUUGGUUUACCGUAGACAUCUUUGUCUUCAAAUCUCACUCAGGAGGGGUUUUUGAGAGAAAUUUCACCUUGAAGCUUAUUAUUAGUGUGUGGCAUUUAAAAGUGCAUUUUGUAAGGUCUACCUGGAUCCCAGUCGUGACAUUUUCUUGAUACAUGCCGACAGGACGUAGUAGCCCUAAUUCAUCAGAGACUGCUUUGCAUGAGAUUAAUUGGAGUCGUGUCAUCUGGAAUCUUAAUGGGUGCAAAUUGAUAAAUUAAAAUUAGCCCUAAUGGACAUUAUCUUUUGAACAUGUUCUAUGACUUUGUGUUGUGUUCAGAGAAAGUCUAUAAACCAAAUGGAAACAGAUUCAAAUUGAGCACUGGGAAAUCAUGUCAUUUGAAGUUUUUGUUUAUGUCUCGUAAAGACACCGCAUCCCUGUUGGCCUCACAAGAUUGAUCUGUUAAACUGUGAGAGAAGACUGAUAUCCAGUGUAGCCAGUCCAAAUGUUGCUGAUAAUGACAUGAAAAACACCCAGACCUCACAUUGUACCAGCUGCAAAUUCUUUGUCUUGCUGAGAGCUUGAUGAAAUCAACAAUUUUAAGGCGUACAUUUGUCCCUUUUCUCCAUUCGUAUGAUAUAAAGAAAUAUUUAUGUGAUGGAAAACACGGGCACCAACAUACAAUUAAAGAAUAUGGGAACAUAUUUUGAUAAAUUAUUUUCAAAUAAAUAGCUGAGCUUUCGAUUUACUGGCUCAGGCACGUUUUUUUUUUUUUUUUGGGGCGUUUAUUUUAGGAAGUAACCUCUUAAAUGGCUUAGAAGGACCCAUGUGUGACAUUGAACUAACUGUACUUAUAAACCCUUGAACUUUAAUAGCUUUUAUGUGCUUUAGAAAGUGGAUUUCUGUGACAUAGUCAACACAAGCAUUUAUUGUUAUCAGCCCACCUGCAUGUUCCCACAGUGCCAAAUGAGGGGAGAUGAUGUGCUACUGCUAACUAAGAUCAAAACACUGUGCAGGGCAUGCAUGGCAGGGUUACUGGAGACAAUCAAUACCUCUCAUAUUUGUUUGAUAACACACAGCUACUACAUAGUACUAACAGUAUUUAGAGCCACUCUAUGUUCCAGUACCACGUCUGACCACAUGGGCGUAGCAUAUCACGAUAAAGUUUCUGUGUCAGCCAAAGAUAUAAGACAGGAUUACCAUCUCCACUCAUUAUAACUGUAUUGUCACUGGCUCCUGCCAAGAGUUGUCAGAAGAGAUAUUGCUACGUAGGGGUAUGUUGUGACCGAAUGUCUUUUAUUUUUUGUUUUAUUGGUUUUUACACUCUUUUAAUUGUAAAGUUUAAAUUAAAUAGUUGCAACAUAAUAAUUACUGAGUUUCCAUUCUGCUAUUAGCUAUUCAUUUCAGCUUUAUUUAUAUUACGCUUAAUCAUGACAAAUGUCAUCUCAAAGCACCUCAACUAUACAGUUCAAGUUAUUCCAUAAUUAUUCCAAUCAAUACAAAGCCAAUAAAAUAGCAAUUAUUGCUUCGGUAAGUAAACCAACAGAUUGUAUCAAAACAUUUCUUUGAUACAAUCCCCCGUCCUGAGCAAGCACUAGGCGACUGUGGAAAGGAGAAACUCCCCUUUAACAGGAAGAAAAGUCUGGCAGAACCAGACUCAGGAAGGGCGUUCAUCUGCCUCGACUGGUUGGGGGUUGAGAGGACAGGAAAGAUGACAGAACAGUACCAACUAGGAAUGGGCGAUAUUUUACCGUUCACGAUAAACCGUCAAAAAAAUUCCCCACGGUAAGAAUUUGUCAUCUCGCGGUAAAAAUGAUAAAUUCCCGUUGAUGACCUUUUUGUGUAAAGCUGAUUUAAGGAAGGAAGGAAGGAAGGAAGGAAGGAAGGA